AUGAGAUUGACAUUACAGACUUCGUAUCCCACUACUACGGCCUCACCUCAUUUCGGCUGUAUCGCUCACUCAACGGCUUCCCCUUCCCCCGAGGACGAAUAUCGCUGGUGGUACUCCUCGCAGCCCGAUUACCGCCCUCGACGCGUAUCGCCUGUGUUCUCGCACGUCACCUCGGUCAAGCUCUUCUGCGAGCCGGACCCUGCCUCGCUGGGCCACUUCCCCAACCUCAGGUGUCUGCGGCUGAACCGCCCGUUCCCGCUGUCGUAUCUGCGCAACCACCUGCCGCGCAGCCUUGGCACGAUCGCGCUGGAGGUCGACCACUUCUCUCAUAUGGAGGCCGUGCGAGGCGAGUGGGAUUUUUACAAAUUCGAGAUGCUGACGAAGUGGGGCAUCCACAAUGCCCUGCGCUCGGGCUUCUGGAAGGGACAGACGAGGAGAAUGCUGGUCGAGUGUGGGGAGGCGGGGGCAGAAAAGGUCAUUGGGUUGGAUGCGGUCGCGCAGGGUUGUAAAGAGAAAGGGAUCGAGUUCGGGUGUUUGUACUGA